AUGGCUUAUCCGGUAACGAAUGGCGUCACGACGUUUCUGGCGCCGCCAGAAGGCUACGUGGUGGACUUUGAGCACCCACAGCAGCAGAAUGCUCUUCAUCACUACCUGAUUUUCGGCAUCUUGGGGUCUUUGGCGCUUUUUUGUUUGAUACAGAGGCUUUAUACGAAGCAUUUCCUGACGGGGAGUCUCAAGAUUGAUGAUGCGUUGCUGGCAUCCGUCAUUAUGCAGUCAGUGCAAAUCUGGUCCAUUUCGAUAGGAGGGCUAUGUCAUCAUGCAUGGGAGAUGCCCAUCGAAGUAUUUGAGAAGCACAUGCUUAGCUCAUACAUCGUCGCGCCCAUCUUCAUCACCUGCAACGGCCUCAGCAAGACAUCUCUCUUGACAUUUUACCUCCAAAUAUCGCCCCAGAGAUGGUUCCGAAUCACCAUCUGGACCACCAUCGUGAUGGUGGCCUGCUACACUGUCGUCAUCGCCGGCCUACUUCUCUUCGGAUGCAAACCGAUUCGCGCCGCAUUUGAUCCUUAUGAGUUUGGCACGGGUACCUGUGUUGACCUGCCGAGUCUGUACAUUGCCAUCGCUGUCGCCAAUAUCGUUUCCGACGUCGUUCUCUUCACGAUUCCGAUUCCCAUGAUCAUUCGAUUGAAGAUGCCUACGGCGCAGAAGAUUGGUGCCGCCCUUAUGUUUGGUGUCGGUUCCAUUACCGUCGCGACAUCCAUUGUUCGCAUGGUUUAUCUGCCGUCCCUUCUGGGAGCUGUCGACAUCCCUUGGGUUGCUGCGCCCGCUAACGUUUGGUCCUUCGUCGAAGUCAACCUUUUCAUCAUCUGUGGAUCCAUGCCGACCUUUCGCAAAUUCCUCAAGCGAUUCCUACCGAAAUGGAUGGGCUCAUCCGGCCAGUCACAUCCAUCCAAACCCACUACGUUCGACACAUCACAAAGCAAGCUGCAUCGCCAGCCACAUACGGGAUACACACAAUUCGAUAUUGUCGAGUUGGACAAUUUCUCGGAACACAAGAAGGAAGGUGUUAUACAAGCGACUGUUGCGGACGUGGAGUCCAAGCGGAGCGGGAGAGAUGAUACGAGCGAAGAGGCUAUCCUUGAUGAGAGAUCAAUAGCGUACACCAAGACAUUUCAGGUUCAGUAUAGUGCCUGA